UUGGUCAUAUACAACAUCCCCAACAAUUAGUCGGGAAGAACCUAAUACCUAAGGUUUAAGCAAGUCGCAAGAGCACAGAAAUAACCAUAUCCAUCACGCCAAUUCGAAGCUAGUCCCUCAUAGGCCUACUUGGCCGAGUUGUGACCUCUCCCACUCCCAUUCCUGUUUUUCUGCUUAGUAGUCAUCCGCCUCUACUUCCGGAAUGACUGAAUAGGAAUACCGCCAAAUCAUUUCACUUUCAACAACCCCUCCUUGUGUCUGGCUUCCUCAACAAGCCCGAUCCUGAAACCGCGACGCUUAUAUAGUAGCGACCUCGACUUCGACUUUGCUCUCACAGACCGUCUCCCAUUCACACCUCCAUAAAAUGGCUUCCAUCACCGUGGAUGAGAAAUCCUCCAAGCCCAAUCCGUUGGCCAUCUGUACCCAGCAACUGCUGGCACCCGACCACAACAAAAGCCCCGAGUUGGGCAUGGAACUUCGUCGAAACUCAAGCCUAUCAACACCUAAUUCUGCCUCCGCCCCCAAUGGAUUUGAUACUGAUGUCGAGGCAAUGAUGCCCGUAAAAUCUUCCGAGUACCUCAACAAAACCACCACCUCCAAUCCCAAACUAAAAUCGGAUUGUCAAGUCUGGCCCGGCCAGGAUCAUUGGCGACAAAAGGCACGGGCUGCCAAGAUGAACAACAGAUCUUGCCAAUGCCUGGCCCACCUUAGUCAUCGAAAUAGAAUCAUCGCCAAAAUCCUCAUUGUAUUUUUAAUUGUGGGCGUUGCCGUUGGCGUGGGAUUUGGUAUCAGCAAACCGCUCGGUGCAGGCAUUUGGCAGCCCAAGGAUCACUAAUUUACCUGUACCGUUACUAUAAAGGGCGAGACCAUGGUCUUGCGCACUCGUGGAUAAAUUGGAUUGUCGCAGUGCCAAAAACGAUAUUCCAAUAAUCCAAUAGACGAGGCUAUUCUUGCGUGAGGUACAGCAGAGUUUACUCUGCUAGCUACAGCCG